AUGGAUAAACUCACCAGCUUCGCCUCCAAGUUCGCCGGCAGCGAGUCCAACCAGGACUCCGCCCCUGUCCAGAACCAGGCCCAGAACCAGCCUCAGGGUCAGAACCAGAACCAGAACCAGAACCAGGCGGUGGCCGAGGAGGAUUACCUCGACCGUGGCCUCGAUGCUCUGGAGCGCAAGUUCGGCGGCGGCAAGGUCGACCCCGUCAAGAUGCGGGCCACCAACGAGAAGAUCACCGACGGCGUGAGGGCGCAGUUCGAGAAGGCGACGGGAUAUAAGGUGCCGGAGAAGUUUUCCAACUAG